UGAAAUGAGCAUCGGACGUUAGACGCGCGCGUCACGAAUCCAGUCCGUUUGAAUUUGGAACGCAGUCGAAGCGCUCGCUCCUCGUCUAGUUACAGCUGCGCGUUGGGCCUAGUGACUUCGUCGUCGGUGAGGUUGGCAGGCCGUUCAUAACAGUACCCACUUUCCAACAUGGCAGAUCAAUUUGUGUUGUAUUAUCAUGUGACGGUGAAGAGCUAUCAUUGACGAGUCAACGUUGUGCGCGGUAUAUUAAGUAUUAUUUAACCGUUUGAGAAAAGCGUGAAAGUAAAAGGUGCGCGGCCGCCAUGGCGGACGUUAAAAAUCCACCGUUCAGCGACAUAAAACGUCCAGAGGAGGUUGUCGCGAUGGCGAUGAACGAUAGCCUGAAAUUCGCUGUGUUGAUCGGACUGAUCGAGGUGGGACAGGUGUCUAAUCGCGAGGUGGUCAACACCGUUCUUCACUUGCUCGUCGGGGGCGAGUUUGACAUGGAACUGAACUUCGUUAUUCAGGACGCGCAGAAUAUCAGGCACAUGCUCGAGCUCCUGGAUCAUUGUCCCCCAAAUUUGCAGGCUGAGAUAUGGAGCGUCUUCAUAGCCAUACUCAGGAAGAGUGUUCGCAAUCUCCAGGCUUGCACCGACGUCGGUUUGAUCGAGCACGUGCUUCACCGGCUAACCCGGGCUGAAACUGUCGUCGCAGACUUGCUUAUCGACAUGCUUGGAGUUUUGGCGAGCUACAGCAUCACGGUGAAAGAAUUGAAGCUCUUGUUCGGCGCGAUGAAAGCGGUGAAAGGAAAAUGGCCAAGACACUCGGCCAAGCUGUUGAACGUUCUUCGCCAAAUGCCACAAAGAAACGGACCGGAUGUAUUUUUCAGCUUUCCUGGAAGAAAGGGUUCGGCUGUGGUCUUACCACCUCUUGCGAAAUGGCCGUACGAGAAUGGAUUCACAUUUACGACCUGGUUUAGACUUGACCCUAUAAACUCGGUGAACAUCGAACGCGAGAAGCCUUACUUGUACUGUUUCAAAACAAGCAAAGGGGUUGGGUACUCGGCACACUUUGUAGGAAAUUGCUUGGUGCUCACUUCUAUGAAGGUGAAAGGGAAGGGCUUCCAGCAUUGUGUCAAAUACGAAUUUCAACCACGAAAGUGGUACAUGAUCGCGAUAGUGUACAUAUAUAACAGAUGGACGAAGAGCGAAAUAAAGUGUCUGGUAAACGGGCAGCUAGCCUCGAGUACGGAAAUGGCAUGGUUCGUUUCGACCAACGACCCAUUCGAUAAAUGCUACAUCGGUGCCACACCGGAGUUGGACGAGGAGCGUGUAUUUUGCGGGCAAAUGAGCGCGAUAUACUUAUUCAGCGAAGCGCUCACCACGCAUCAAAUAUGCGCGAUGCACAGACUGGGCCCUGGAUACAAGAGCCAGUUCCGGUUUGAUAAUGAAUGUUACCUCAAUCUACCUGACAAUCACAAAAGGGUGAGUGACGAGCAGGAGCCCGUUAGCAUGUUGGACCAAAGUAUACAGCCUGUACUCUACGAUGGGAAGUUAUCCAACGCUAUAGUCUUUAUGUACAAUCCCGUUGCGACGGACUCGCAGCUAUGUUUGCAGAGCGCUCCAAAAGGCAACAUGUCUUAUUUUGUCCACACGCCCCACGCUCUUAUGCUGCAGGAAGUAAAAGCUGUCAUCACUCACUCUAUACACAGUACCUUGAAUUCCAUCGGUGGAAUACAAGUUCUAUUCCCAUUGUUCUCUCAGCUGGACAUGUCCUACGAUUGCGUCACUGCUAAUGACAUCAAAAGAGAUCCGACGUUAUGUUCGAAAUUGUUGGGCUUCAUCUGCGACUUGGUAGAAAGUUCGCAAACGGUACAGCAGCACAUGGUUCAGAAUCGAGGAUUUUUAGUCAUCAGCUACAUGCUUCAACGGGCAAGCAGGGACCACCUGACUACAGAGGUAUUGGCUUCGUUUUUGGAGCUUACAAAGCACCUCGUCACAUGCCUGAGUGCCAACAGCGACCUUUUGCUGAAACAGUUGUUUUACUUUUCAUUCCUGACAUGGCAGCUGCUGGACCAUGUCCUCUUUAAUCCUGCCUUAUGGAUUUACACUCCGGCACCAGUACAAUCUCGCCUGUACUCAUACCUGGCAACCGAAUUCCUCAGCGAUACCCAAAUAUAUUCAAACGUCAGAAGAGUAUCAACAGUGCUGCAAACCGUACACACUCUAAAGUAUUACUACUGGGUAGCUAAUCCAAGAGCAAAGAGCGGCAUUACACCAAAGGGACUGGACGGACCCCGUCCACAGCAGAAGGACAUUUUGACGAUACGUUCGUACAUCUUGUUAUUUUUAAAGCAAUUGAUAAUGAUAGGAAACGGCGUGAAGGAUGACGAGCUGCAGAGCAUUCUUAAUUAUUUAACAACGAUGCAUGAGGAUGACAAUUUGCACGACGUUCUGCAAAUGCUGAUAUCUCUGAUGUCGGAACAUCCGUCAUCCAUGGUGCCUGCUUUUGACGCUAAACAAGGAGUGCGAACAAUUUUCAAGCUCUUGGCUGCCGAGAGUCAAUUAAUACGUCUUCAAGCUCUUAAAUUGCUCGGAUUUUUCUUGAGCCGUAGUACGCAUAAGAGAAAGUACGAUGUCAUGAGUCCGCAUAAUCUCUAUACAUUAUUGGCUGAAAGACUGUUGCUGAAUGAAGAGACUCUGUCCCUGCCAACAUACAACGUUCUUUACGAGAUCAUGACUGAACAUAUAAGUCAACAAAUUCUGUACACUCGACAUCCUGAGCCUGAGUCGCUCUACCGAUUGGAAAAUCCAAUGAUACUAAAAGUCGUUGCAACUUUGGUGAGGCAGUCGAAACAAACGGAACAGUUGCUAGAAGUGAAGAAACUGUUUCUUUCGGACAUGACUUUGCUCUGUAAUAACAAUCGUGAAAACCGACGGACCGUUUUGCAAAUGUCUGUAUGGCAAGAGUGGCUGAUCGCAAUGGCUUACAUACACCCAAAAAAUGCAGAGGAACAAAAGAUUUCGGAUAUGGUUUACUCGUUGUUUCGCAUGCUUCUUCAUCAUGCUAUUAAACACGAGUAUGGAGGAUGGCGUGUCUGGGUCGAUACUUUGGCCAUCGUCCAUUCAAAAGUGUCAUAUGAAGAGUUCAAAUUGCAAUUUGCACAAAUGUACGAACAUUACGAGCGUCAGAGGUCGGACAAUAUAACGGAUCCGGAGCUGCGCCAGCAGAGGCCAAUCAGCACAAUAUCAGGAUGGGAUCAACAACACUCUGGGAAUAAUGGAUACACUAGACCAAUACCUUGGACCAAUGCUCAGCAGCCUACCUUGCCGAAUUCGGAAGAACAUUACAAGGAAUUUGACAACCCAGACGCGGCUGAUCGUUUGGAGGAAUCAUGCAGCUGCGAUCUCAAUUCAAUAGACAAUACAGAGAGUGAUGGAAGUCCAGCUUUAAUCAAAUCUCGUAGUGAAACGUUGGAUACAUUGCAAUCUAGUGAGGCAGUGUCGUUAGAUUCCCGGCUAAGUGACAAACCAGAAACACCGACAACAGCUCGGGAAAAUAAUUCCGACACACCGACUAUUCUUGAGGAGGCGAACAGUGAACCAAUUUCGUUACCAACAACGCAUGAAACUAGCGAGAUUAUAUCUAUUGAAAGCUCUAGCGAUUUGUACAGUGAUGUUCAUAAAAUAGAAAGUUCCAGCCCAGAUUCAAUGAUGCAAGAAACAAGGAAAGAAACUAUCACCAACACUCAGGAGUCACAGAGUGACGCGGGUUCUCCAUCGAUUGUAAGAGAAGAUAACAGUCCAGCAAUAACGCCCAUUGAUGAAGAAGACAAUGAUGAAACCUUGGCUAAAGAUGCUGAAUCCAAAAUCGAGGAAGAAGUGAAGUCAAAAGGGUCUCAAGGAGACGCAGAAGAUGAAUUUGACGAAUCAAAAAAAGAGGGUGAAACUGAAACUGAAGCAACAACAGAGGCUCAAGCUGAGCAAAUGGGAGAAAAUGAGAGUGAUGAGCAGUUCGAAGAGAAUAAAACACCCGAAAAUCAUACUAGCGAUGAAGGUAUUAUUGAAAAAAACGCAGAGGAAAUAGUUGUUCUUAAUGAGCAUGAAGAAUCUGUCGAAUCUACCAAAGACUCAGUUACCACGCCUUCGCUUGAAAAAGCUAACCUCAAUGAGGAACUGGAAUCUGAAAAUCCGGUUGUUAACGAAAACAAAUCGAAAGUUAGUACGGAUGUGGAAAAACCUUUGACGGAAGAUCGUGAAGAUAUUAUAGAAAACGAAGAGGUCAAAGUCAGUUUGAAUCAGGAUGAUUUGAACAAAGUCAUUGAAGACAUUGUAAAAACUCCGUCGGUUGAGGAGGAGAAUGUUAGCAAAGAAGAAAUACCCGAAGGUGAUGAUGGAAGCGUUGGCGUGAAGACUGACGAAGAAAAUAAAGAUGAAAGCGCUGAAAAUGUAAAAAGUCUUAUUUGCUCAACUAGUGUAAUAGAAACCUCUGAAGCGUGUAAAGAGAAAAUAGAUGUGGAGGGUAAUGAUUUGGAAUCGGUAGCAGAUAGUGAGUUAAGAAGGAAGGGCGAUAAUAGCACGGUGGAGACUGUAAUAGAAGAUAAAAGUGCUGUUAUUAAUGGUAAUGAUAAUGGCGAUGAAGAAAAAGAAAAAGAAGAGGUAAAUGAUGAACAUUCAGGAGAACCGUCCAAUGUUUCUAUUAGCAUAAGUGAUAAUAAAGCAGACAUUCCAGUGAGGACUGAAACGAUAAAAAUAGCAGAUAGUGUUUCUAAUAUUAGUGACGUUCAAAGUUCUGUAGGUAAUGUGACUCAAGUGCCAAAUCCUAAGCAGCAUAUUCCAACAAUAUCGACGGUCUGUGAUGCAACAAAAAAUUUACCCGACGGUGUGCCUAAAAUUGUUAGUUCUAAAACUAUUGCGACUGACGAUCAGUUGUUGAAUAACUUAACUACAGAUCACAUAGAUGCUCAUCGCAGAUCCAGCCUACCAAUUGUUCCCUCUGAGACUAUCACUGAUGGAAGUAUGGAUGACGCACCUUCUCUGCCCAUUCCCUUGCGUAAGAUGUCGUCACCUCAAAAGCGACCAAGGAGUGCCUCAACAUCGACACAAGUAGACCCCAAUCACUUUGAGUCGAAACGAGCAAAGCAAGGAAACCCUUCCACAAGACCGAUGUUCAGUCCAGGCCCUACGCGACCUCCAUUCAGGAUACCCGAGUUCAAAUGGUCGUACAUACACCAGAGAUUACUUUCAGAUGUUCUAUUUUCGCUGGAAACUGACAUUCAAGUCUGGAGAAGCCAUUCAACAAAGUCUGUAUUAGACUUUGUGAACAGCAGUGAGAAUGCUAUAUUCGUAGUGAAUACUGUUCAUUUGAUAUCUCAGCUUGCUGACAAUCUUAUAAUAGCCUGCGGUGGUCUCCUUCCGUUACUUGCAUCUGCGACUUCGCCUAAUAGCGAACUGGAUGUAAUAGAGCCGACUCAGGGUAUGCCAAUUGAGGUAGCUGUUUCCUUUCUGCAAAGACUAGUCAAUAUGGCCGACGUACUCAUUUUCGCUAGUUCAUUAAAUUUUGGAGAACUAGAGGCAGAGAAAAAUAUGUCCAGCGGUGGAAUCCUACGGCAAUGUCUACGAUUGGUCUGUACAUGUGCUGUUAGAAACUGCUUAGAGUGUAAAGAACGUGGCAGACCUUACAGCAUGUUAGGUCGGCAGAUCGGUUCUAGUAAUAAAUCACAGCACAUACAGUCGCUCAUAAGAGGAGCUCAGACCUCGCCUACGAUUGUUUUGGACAAGCUGGCAACUCAGCAGCUAAGUCCGGUCAAAGAUCCUGAAAAGUUGUUGCAGGAUAUGGAUGUUAAUCGCCUAAGAGCUGUUAUUUACAGAGAUGUUGAAGAAACCAAGCAGGCUCAGUUUCUGUCCCUCGCUAUAGUUUACUUCAUCUCUGUACUAAUGGUAUCUAAAUAUCGCGACAUACUGGAACCACCGAUCCCUCAACGACCACCAAGCCCAGUUCAAAAUGUACAAACAAAUGGAACUAACAUUAGGCCCGGAAGUCCGUCAGCAGAUGGGAGUGGUGGUGGAGGAGGGCGACCACUGUUUCCACAGUGGUCUCACCAUGUGUACCCUCAGUUCCUCCCGGGGUCUCACCCCAACGCCAAUGCGAACCACCACACCAGCCAGCACCACCACCAGCACCCACUACCACCGGCUGCCAGGCACACUAGUCGCCAGCCCCCAUCCAGUUAUUAUCUCCCGAAUAACCACAAUAACCACUCCUCGAACCAUCACUCGAAUAACUAUAACUACCAUCACCAUCAUCAUUAUCAUCACCAUAAUAACAACAAUCACCAUCAUACGCUUCAGAAGCAUAUCGAUCAGCCCCGAAAUCUCUAUCAUAGAAAUUCUGGUGUCGGUCUGCAAGGAAGCGGCGGUGUCAUGAGUCAGUCUGGUUCCCAAGAUGAUGGCGAAUAUGAAGUUAUCAUUGUCGGUGAAAAUAAUUCUUCCAUAUUGGCUGACCAUGAAGUUUCCUCGAGUGGUCCCGCAUCCAUAAAGGGAGGUCAUAGUGGCGUACCUCGGUCACGGACUAUCCUGGAGGACAAUUACGCCUUACCUGACUCUACGCUUGGCUAUGCUCCAAGACCUGAGCCACUCCCACGAAAUAUUCAGAGUAACGACUCAAGCGAAGAAACAAUACACCAGAGUAAUAUGACGGCAGACCCUAGCCCCUCGGAAGCAACUACUGAUAACGAAAACAAGCUAAAUUCCUCCGAAGAUGCUUGGACUGAUGUCAAUCUGAACGAGGAUGGAGAUUCCAUUUCUGCUACAAAUCCAAGAGAGGAUCCCCGGAAUAUUCAUAACAUUGCUCACUCGCGGGGCAACAUUCCUGACAAUGAAGGCAAUGUCCUAGACCAGGAAAUGUUGGCCAAUACUGAACGUGGUGAAAAGCCAACAGCUGAAAUAUCGGUUGUACGAGUGCCAGAUCGAUUGAUGAUGACAGCGACAUCGCCACGACCUGACGAUCUGCCAAUUAAAGGCCUGGUUGAUCACCUUCCUAUACCAACACCAUCGCGGGAAGCUUCUCUCACUCAAAAGCUCGAAAUGGCCUUGGGCUCUGUCUGCCCAUUACUCAGAGAAAUUAUGGUGGAUUUUGCACCAUUCUUGUCAAAAACUCUUGUUGGUUCACACGGACAAGAGUUGCUUAUGGAGGGAAAAGGAUUGACCACCUUCAAGAACAGCAAUUCCGUUGUGGAACUUGUCAUGCUGUUGUGUUCGCAGGAGUGGCAAAAUUCUUUGCAGAAACACGCGGGUCUUGCUUUCAUUGAACUGAUCAAUGAAGGAAGGCUGCUAUCGCACGCCAUGAAGGAUCACAUAGUUCGGGUAGCAAAUGAGGCAGAAUUCAUCCUGAACAGGAUGCGAGCCGAUGACGUACUUAAACACGCCGACUUCGAAUCGCAGUGUGCCCAAACUCUUUUGGACCGUCGAGAAGAGGAGCGAAUGUGCGAUCACCUGAUAACGGCAGCUCGAAGAAGAGACAACGUGAUCGCAAGUCGAGUUUUAGAAAAAGUUCGCAAUAUAUUAUCCAACAAACAUGGUGCCUGGGGUUACAUGGAUCCAAUGGCAGCAAGGAUGGCAGAAUUCUGGAAACUAGAUGCUUGGGAGGAUGAUGCACGCAGGCGAAAACGUUUCGUGCACAAUCCACUGGGCUCUAGUCAUCCCGAAGCCACUCUUAAGGCAGCCCUCGAACACGGUGCACCUGAAGACGCGAUUCUUCAAGCUCGAGAAGAAUUCCACGCUCAUCUCGCUGCUUCACGAGCUCAUCAGCAGCAAAUACAAUCUGCAGACCUCAUGGACGACAGUGAAUUACUCUCGGACGACAGAGACCUUGACAACGACCUUACGGGCCCAGUGAACAUCAGCACGAAGGGCAAACUGAUAGCACCAGGAAUUGUGGCGCCGGGUAUCAUCUCCGUCACAUCUACGGAAUUAUACUUCGAGGUGGACGAGGACGACCCCGAAAUAAAGAAAAUCGACACUGAGGUCCUCAAGUACUGCGAUCACCUUCAUGGAAAAUGGUACUUUUCCGAGGUUCGUGCGAUAUUCUCGCGUCGUUACCUUCUGCAGAACGUAGCGAUAGAAAUAUUUCUCGCGAGCAGAACUUCGAUCCUCUUCGCAUUCCCCGACCAAGCAACGGUGAAAAAGGUGAUCAAGGCGCUGCCGCGGGUCGGCGUUGGAAUCAAAUAUGGGAUUCCGCAGACUAGAAGAGCUUCGAUGAUGUCGCCUCGUCAACUCAUGCGGAGUUCAAACAUGACCCAAAAAUGGCAACGCAGAGAGAUAUCGAAUUUCGAAUACUUGAUGUUUCUCAACACCAUUGCUGGGCGAACCUACAACGACCUCAAUCAGUACCCCGUCUUUCCUUGGGUUCUGACCAACUACGAGACCAAGGAACUCGACCUGAGCCUCCCGAGCAACUAUCGGGACCUCUCUAAGCCCAUCGGCGCGUUGAACCCGAGUCGUCGCGCCUACUUUGAGGAACGCUACCAGAGCUGGGAACAUGAUAGUAUUCCACCGUUUCACUACGGCACUCACUAUUCAACCGCUGCCUUCGUUCUCAACUGGCUAAUUCGUGUGGAACCGAUGACAACAAUGUUCCUAGCGCUCCAGGGGGGCAAGUUUGAUCACCCCAACAGGCUGUUCUCGUCUAUCGCACUUUCCUGGAAGAAUUGUCAGCGAGACACGUCAGACGUCAAGGAAUUAAUUCCGGAGUUUUUCUUCCUGCCCGAGAUGCUUGUCAACAGUAAUCGCUACCGAUUGGGCAGACAGGAGGACGGAAGCGCUGUCGGCGACGUGGAUCUACCACCGUGGGCAUCCUCGCCGGAAGAGUUCAUCCGCAUCAAUCGAAUGGCACUCGAGUCCGAGUUUGUUUCCUGCCAGCUGCAUCAGUGGAUCGACCUGAUAUUCGGGUACAAGCAGAAAGGUCCGGAAGCGGUCAGGGCGACGAACGUAUUUUACUACCUGACCUAUGAGGGCAGCGUGGAACUUGACUCGAUCGGAGACCCAGUAAUGAAGGAGGCUAUCGAGAACCAGAUCCGGAAUUUUGGACAGACGCCGUCUCAGCUGUUGAUGGAACCGCAUCCUCCCAGAAGCUCAGCGAUGCACCUGUCCCCAAUGAUGUUUUCGAGCAUUCCGGACGACGUAUGCAUGACGAUCAAGUUCCCGUCCAACUCGCCGAUUUGCCAUAUAUCGGCCAACACUUAUCCCCAGCUUCCGUUGCCCUCCGUCGUGACGGUGACCACGGGACAACAGUUUGCUGUUAAUCGGUGGAACACAACCUACGCUGCAUCGGUUCAGUCUCCGAGCUACGCUGACACUCCGCAAACGCAGGCAGUUAAUCAGCCCUUGUCGAUGGAUCCGGUUCUUUCUCAAACGUCAAACAGCUCGAAUCCGGCGCUCCGACGACACUUGGGUGAUAAUUUCAGCCAGAAGUUAAAGAUCCGGAGCAACUGCUUCGUCACCACAGUUGAUAGCAGAUUCCUCGUUGCUUGCGGAUUCUGGGACAACAGUUUCCGCGUAUUUUCUACCGAGACAGCUAAAAUAGUCCAGAUUGUCUUUGGGCACUACGGAGUGGUGACCUGCCUCUCCCGAAGCGAGUGCAACAUCACAUCCGACUGCUACAUAGCCUCGGGAAGCGCGGAUUGCACGGUUCUUCUCUGGCAUUGGAACGCGCGUACCCAGACAAUAGUCGGCGAAGGCGAGGCCCCCGCACCCCGGGCGACGUUGACGGGCCACGAGCAGCCAGUGACAGCCGUCGUCAUCUCAGCCGAGCUUGGCCUGGUGGUUUCAGGAUCGCAUUACGGCCCCGUCCUCGUGCACACGACCUUCGGCGAUCUUCUCCGGUCCCUCGACGCUCCGUCGGGUUACUCUUCACCUGAAAACAUUGCCAUGUCCCGAGAGGGUGUCAUAGUAGUCAAUUACGAACGGGGACACGUCGCGGCUUUCACGAUAAACGGAAAACGACUUCGUCACGAGUCUCACAACGAUAAUCUUCAGUGCCUGCUCCUGAGCCGCGACGGCGAGUACCUGAUGACUGGAGGAGACAAGGGGAUCGUUGAAGUCUGGCGGACCUUCAAUCUCGCGCUGCUCUACGCGUUCCCGGCCUGCGAAAGCAGUGUCAGAUCGCUGGCGCUAUCGCACGACCAAAAAUUCCUUCUAGCCGGAUUGGCAAACGGUUCGAUGGUCAUCUUCCACAUAGAUUUUAACAGAUGGCAUCACGAGUUUCAGCAGCGCUACUGAAUUCUUCUGAACGGCGGGAUAAGCGUGCGAGCGAGAUAAUCAGAGUAAAGAAGAAAUCAGUCAUUCCAUUAUCGCUGUGAUGAUACGCAUUUUUAUACUUUGAAGCAGACGCAAAUUGAUAAAACGAAACACUAAAAAUGGCAAAAAAAAAUAGAAAAAAGAAAAAAGAAUAGUAACAAUCGGAACUUGAUACAUUAUAUUAUAAGUCUAGAAAAUCGCUUGAAUAAUGCUGAUAAACUUUUCGCUCAGUUUUUCAGUAACUACAGUUACUUUAUGAUCAACUACCACUCAAAGAUUUUUUUUUAAAGAUAUAUUUUAACUAGGUUUUUAACUCUUUAUUAGAGUUGUAUUCAAAAUUCCCUAAUUUUCCUGGAAGAAAAAAACAGACUUAGGAGUGGUUCCAUUAUAAUUAUAAUUAUUAUUCUAACUUUGAUUUUGUUCUAAAUGGUGUUACUUAUUUGAUUAAAAGAGAGAAGAGUGAUGGAAAUAUGUACAAUCGAAACAGGAUUUCGAUUAGAUUUUAUUUUGGAGCAAUUACGUUUAUGUUCAUGUAAUAUGAUUUUAGCAUGAUUGCGAAAUCUACUUUGUAAGUAUUGUUUGUUAAUCAUUACUAUCAUCAUUAGUUGUUCUCUUUGUUAAAUUGUUUUUUCAACCCUGUAAAGAAAUGAAAAAAUAAGCAACAUAGGAAAGAAUGAGAAGAUAAUUUUCAACAACGAAUACUAUGUAGUAUUAUAUAAUAAUCUUGUUCGAACUAUUUGUUACAUUAUUAAAAAUCACCGCGAAUAUAAAUCUAUAAUAUAUAAUUUAUUCACUAACUCGCGAUGUGAAGCAAGAAGAAAUAUGUUUCAAAUAUUUAUACCGUGUAAUCUUCACAUUAUACGAACAGUCGUCUAUGUGCAAUCGGUGUUUUUGAUGAUUAUAAUAAUUUUUAACGUAUCGGAUCGAUCGCCGAUUUGCAGCGUGAUCGUUAGGCACAGUAUGUACUUACGCCUAGAUGUUUUAUAUAUAUGAUAGUGGUGUUAAGAAAGUACUUUCUGAUUAUGUAUUGAAUAAUAGGGUACAUAUGUAUAUAUGUAUCUCGGUAUUUUGCGUAAUAACAAUGUUAUUCACCCUCAAUAUAAUAACAGUUAUUGAUUCUGCACAGAACUUCGUUUGAGGCAAAAAAUUAAGAGAAAAAUAUUAUGAUAAUAGGUAUAAAUCAAACAAUCCACAACUGAAUCUGCCGAGGUAUUUAAUAAUUAUGAUUCUUGUGUCGAGUAUAUGAUAGUUUUCGAAUCGUUUACUGCAUAACGUGUAAAAGCUUGGCUAUUUAUAUAUAUAUACAUAAUUAUGUGUAUAUAAUAAGUAACUAAAAGAUAUGUUAUUAACAUUAACGCUAGUCAAUUACGGAGACUUUGAUCUACUAUAUAACUGUCUACGUUGCAAUCUUUCGAAAGCUUACAACUAC